UAAUACGGGUAUUCCCAGCUUAUGUAAAGGUGGGAAUACACGAGCGCGCCACUGCUGUAAUGCAAUAUAGAUCGAACGGGAUUCGCGACUUAUUCGCUCGUGUGUACGUGAAUUUGAACACGCGCAGCGCACGGCUCAAAUGCCGCGCAGCGAUCAGGUUCCUGUCGGUUUUUCUGACGAACACAAAGGGAUUCGUUGCCGCAGUGUGGUCGGGUUCGGUUGCCAUUUGUCUCGGGAAGCGCGCACGCCCCAAACAUGGAGCGGUCAGAAGACGAUAUUUUGGGGCUCAUAGAGGCAUACAAAUCAUUCCCUGUACUGUGGAAUCCCGGAGAAAAUGAUUAUUAUAAAAAGAACAAAAAAGUGACGCUUGGACGGCGAAGACAGAAUGGAACUGAGGUGCUCGGGCUUGCGCGCCCCAUUCAGAUGGUUCGUUGCGUGCGCGUUGCUUGUUCGAGGUGCACCAAUUCACUCCGCGCAUCACUUGUAAUGCCACGUUACAGCCGCGGCGCGCUCGUGUAUUCCCACCUUAAGGCGCGCGGGACAGGCGUAACCUGCGUGAUUAUCAGAUUUUGUGCAAGGUGUGGGGCGUUGGCAUGUGAAGACAGCCAAGUGAAACCGAAAGUACUUGAUCAAUAGCGGCAGGUGAAUAUUUCUAACCUUAUUAAUAAUUGGCAAUAUGGGAGGCCUUUUCAGUAGUCAACAAAAUAAACAACAGAGGAAUUCAUUUUCAUCUGCCCAGUCAGCUCCACACAGGCCAUCAAGCAGUGCCCAGUUAGUAUCAUCACACACUACAUCUUUCUAUGAAGAUCCUACCAAUGUUCAGUCCCACCAGCAUGCAGCUUCACAGAGACAAAAAUUACUGGAGGAAAAGAUGAGACUUCAAUCCAAGGAGAAUGCACGACUGCCGUUUGUUUUACCUGUUAGCUGCAGACCUCUCAACAAAGCUGUUCUUCGACAGCCCUUAGCUGUAAACUGGGUUCCUAUGACCAUUAAUUCUGCAUUUGUCAGAAUGGAAGUUGAACAGGAUGCACAAGAGUACAAAACAGUUAAAAACCUUUUCAAGGCUACAACUAAAAAAGAAUUUAAUGUAAUUCAAAUUGAACGGGUACAAAAUCCUUAUUUAUUAGGCUGUUAUCUAUUGAAAAAGAAUGAGAUGGAGUGCAUGUCUGGUAAUUAUGUGAGAGAGAUGUACCUUUUCCAUGGAACAAAACAAAGUAAUGUAAACAGUAUUUGUGAGAAUAACUUUGACUGGAGGCUUCAUGGUGGUAGCACAGGGAACAGAUUCGGCCAAGGGGUGUCCUUCUCACCAAUUUCUUACUAUGCAAGCCAUUAUUCUGAUAAGAAUUCUGCCGUGAAAAUAAUGUUCCUGGCCAGAGUUCUGAUUUUGAAUAUUACUCAAGGUCAUGGGGGCAUGAUCAUUCCACCACUUAUAUCACAAACUUACAACCACAACAACACACUGAGGUAUGACACUUCCCAAAAAGAAAAUGGGCAUGUGAUUGUAAAAUUUUCUGACAGUGAGUAUUACCCAGAGUACUUAAUAUACUAUGCAGUUGAACCAGUUGUUAGAGGAAAUAGAAGACAUGACAUCUAUGAUGAAUACUAAACAGAUCAAUUUGAAGAUCAUAUACCACAAUAUUUUAUGCAUUACUGAACGGUCACUAAGAUUUGAAGGACAAUAAGCGUUUUAGAAUGUUAAUUUAGUUUUAACAUCUCACUCUCUUCAUUUGAGUGUACUGGAUAAAUGAUGACUUCAACUUAUUCAAGAUUCAUGAAAUAUAGUGGUCUAGUUGCAGUAAUAACUGAAAGAAGAGUAUAACUAAUAAAACCCACUAUCUUAUUACACAGACUUCCAUUCAUACAAAUUUUUUGUCUUAUUUAAGUAAUGUAAAUUUGUAAUCCUACAUAAAAAUGCAGUUUAGCUCAUGAUAAUUACAUGUUGGACUCGUGUUGAUGGUCAAAUGAUCAGAUACUAGUAGUCAAAAUGUUCUUAUUGCUUGCAAUUUUACUGUUUUCCACUGUGGGCAGUUAUUUAUGCUGUGCAUUACUUUGGUCAAGUAAUGCAAGGUUCAGUAUGCAUUUGUUAUGUGGAAUUCUAUAAUUAAAAAAAGAAAGAAGAAGACUGGAAUGUAUACACAGACAUUUUACAUCUUUUUGCCAUAGCAGAGCCUUUCAUAUUAUCCAGCAUGUGUAUGUUCAUGCAUCAAAAUAUUUAAGUGGCACGUUUUAUACAGUAGGUGGCAGCACUUAGAUUUUUUUUUUUUUGCAUCCUGCACACAACAAUUUUUCUGUUUAUUGUGUCCUCCAGUACUGUUCUUCUAUUACAGAGUUACAUUAUUUGGAUCCAGAAUUUGUCGGAUGAUAGUAGCAUAUUGAAUAAGCGGCCUCCGUAGUCUAGAGGUAACGUUCCCACCUCAUGACUCGUGGUACGCGGGUUCAAAUACCCGG